AUGGCCUCGGCGGCGGCCUCCGCGGGCGCCAGCGCGGUGGGCGAGCACAGACUCGGCGGCUCCUCGCUGCCGAAGAAGCCGCUGAGGACGGCGCUCGACAACGGACGUUUUCUGUGCUACAAAUGCAAGUCGGCGUUGGCGGUCUGCGGCGACAGAGAGAAGGCCUGCCGCAGCUGCUUCCUCAACCUCGUUCGCUCGACGGCGGUGGCGCAGCUCGGCAAAGUCGAGGAGCGCCAGCGGAAGCUGGAGCGAGAGGCUGAGGCCCAACGCCAGCAGCCGCCGCGCGGAAGCGGGGCGAGCGCGGAGCCGAGCUUCGACAGAAACACUCAGGCGGAAGCAGAGGAAGGCGACCAGCGGCGAAUCUGGUACGUGGCUGUCUCCGGGGGCCCUUCGUCGCUCGCUCUGAUUCACAUCUUGCGAGAUCUCCUCCAGGAGCGACGGCGGAAGUGGGAGAGGAAGCAGCAGGGCCAGCGGCGGAAGCAGCUGCAGGAGGAGCGGAGGCGAAGGGAGCGAGACGCGCGGGACGACGCAGCUUCUUCAUCCGCGACGUCCUCUGCAGCCUCGCCCGCCAUCUCCCCGCCCUCGCCUCUGCCUCUUGUUGCUCUCCACGUAGACGUUCAAUCGCUCGCGCCCUGUGCAAGCUCGGCCUCUACCGGCGAGCCUGCAAGGCCGCACGCUGUCGCGCAGGAGCUGCGUGCGGCGCUUGACGCCAUCGGAGUUCCUCUUCGGGUGAUUCGCCCCACGGCUGCCUUCUUUGCCUCGCCUUCUUCAGCGCUUCCCUGCGCGUCGUCUUCUUCUUCGGACUCAGCGUCUGUCUGGCCGCCGCCUCCGGCUCGAGCCUUCUCGCCGUUGGACUCUGAACGCGAGCUGGAACUGGAGAAAGCUCUGGUUGCCCACUUGCAUCGCGUCCUCGCAGAGGACAGCAACGCCUUCGAAGCGCUCGUCCGCGCCGUCAUCUUCCGAGCGCUCGCCCAAUUCUGUAGACAUGCGCCGGCGCGCGCCUCCUCUAACGCCGGCGGCGGCGCCCCCCCUGAAACCCAGACGCCGCCUGAGAGCGGUCGCGAAGGCUGCGAGGCUGACGCGCACCCAGCGAGCCGCACGGAGAUCGACGACUGGAGUCUUCCUCGCCUCCUCUGCGUCGGAGACAGCAGCACACGCCUCGCGGUGCGGCUCCUCCUGAAGGCGUGCCAGGGCGACGGUGCGACGCUGCAGCAAGACGCUGAGCUUGUCGACACGCGGUUUCUUCCAGAUUUCUUACUCUCGCGCCCUGCCACGUCGAUUUCAGCCAAGGAAGCGGCUCUGUACUGCCGAUACACCGGCGUGCCUUUCCUCACGGCGCAUCCGUACAGCGUGGCUCUCUGGCUGCCUCCUCCUGCACCUCUGUCCGCGUCGCUCCUUCAGCUCCUGUCUACGGCACCUGUCACAGCGGCUGGGGAGGCUCCAGAUGCGGCGUCGCCCGCGGCCUCUGCUUGCCGGGCCUCCGCGCUCGCCGUCCGGCCGCUGCCGCUUAGUUUUCUCAUUCGGUCAUUCCUGCUUGAUCUUCAAGCGAACUUCCCCUCCACGAUUUCGAAUGUGCUGAAGACCUCACAGAAGGCGGCGCCCGCGUCCUGCGUGUCUUCGCUGCUCGCCUCAGGCCACGAGCACCCUUUCGCGUCCCCCGCCGCCUCCGGCACAGAGCCGACAGCUGCAAAUGCAGACGCCAGCAAGCGCGAAAGCAUGGAAACUGCGCAGGGCUCGCGGCAAGCUGCAUGGGGACAGAAUGAAGCGCGCGGCGAGGUGCUUUCGGUGAAGGAAAAAAGCGCGCGCACGCGGCUCUGCGGCGUCUGUCUCCAAGGCGCAUGCGAUAAGGCCGCCUUUAGCGAUGCGAGUCUAUGGGACGCGAGUCAGCGGACGGUUCUCGACGCUGGUCGGUCGCCGACGGGCGCCGCUUCAUCGCUCAGAGGCGGUCGCUUGUGUCUGCCUUGCACCCGCGCUGCGGCUGCAGGCCCUGCGAGUGCUGCAGUGGCUGCGGCACUUCUGCUGCCGUAG